CUCUUCCUCCAACUCUGCCUCGCGGCACUCACUUUCGCCGCACCCAUCGCCGAUGAGACUCUCACGACUAUGAAAGCUGACGCAUGGCAAUACGGUACUGGAGGAGGAAUUCUGGGAUUCAUUGUCUUGGUUCUGGACAUCAUUGUGUGGAUCGAGCUUCUCAAGUCCAACCGCCCAGUUAGCCACAAGAUCCUGUGGGCUCUCCUCGUCUUUAUCUUCCCGAUCCUUGGUAUCAUAAUCUACUGGCUCUUUUCUGAUCGUCAGAAGUGGAACUCGGGUGGAUAUGAGCCUAUU